CCGAGGAAUAUUCCUACCCGUGUUCACACACUUUACUCCAACACAUUCUUCGCACAACUUUUGCUCAUUGAUUGUAAAUACUAGUCGCGGACACAAGUGAUUGAUAUCAAGCCAUAAGAAUGUCUCAGACGAGUGCCACCACUCCUGCAGCCAAAGCCCCAACGAUUCCGAAGUCGAUUCGCUUCUUAUUCGGUGGAAGUGCUGGAAUGCUGGCCACUUGUUUCGUACAGCCAUUGGAUUUGAUUAAGAAUCGGAUGCAAUUGAGUGGCGAAGGCGGAAAAGCAAAGGAACACAAAACCAGUUUACAUGCCAUCCGAGCCGUCAUUAAAAACGAGGGCUUCUCUGGACUUUAUGUGGGAUUAUCUGCGGGUCUACUGAGACAGGCCUCCUAUACGACUGUCCGGAUGGGUGUCUACGCCUCGCUCUUCGAGAAACUGAGCGGAGAUUCGGGAAAACCUCCGGGAUUUCUGGCCAAAGCCGGUAUAGGAAUGACUGCCGGAGCAGUGGGUGCCUUCUUCGGGACGCCGGCAGAGGUGACUCUCAUCCGUAUGACAUCUGACGGACGGUUACCUCUGAACGAGAGGAGAGGCUAUAAGAAUGUGUUCGACGCUCUCAUUCGCAUCACCCGAGAG